AUGGCGAGUUCCUACAUCAGCACCUUCUCCAGCUCCAAGUGGGAGGACUGGCGUGAAGGCUGGGUUAUCGUGGAGGCUGACCCCCACGACCGCCUGGAGCUGCCAACACGGGGACCCCAGAGCGACCGGAGCACCUGGAAGGCCAAGUCGACGAUACCGAAGGAGCUCGGCCCGGUGCUUGAUCGGCAGCGGUCCCGGAUGGCCUACAUGUACACAGGGCUAAAUGAUUGCUGCAGGAUCGCGCGCGGACCCGGCACCGACUUCACCAGGGCGGAGCUAGAGGUUGCAAUCCGGGGGAUGACUGGUGACGCAUUCAGCCCGGAGUCCCUGCUCCUCCCGAGCGGGGUGAAGGCCCUGUGCGAGGACCAGGCAUUGCGGGCGUCCCUCACAUCGGACACCACAAGCACGUCCGUCGGAGCUGCCUCAGCUGGGGGGUCCGGCCCCCAGCCAGUACCAGCAGCUGCCAGACCCAGUGGUCCGGAACCAGAGGCCACCACACCCCUAAGGCCUGAGCCCAUCCCAGAGGAGGAGGCCACCGGCCCUGCUGCGCCGACCGAGGCGCCAGAAGCAGCGGCAGCACCGGACGCCGAGCUGGAGCCUCCUCCAGCUGAACCAGCAGCGGCAGCACCGGAGGAGGCGGCACCAGAGGCAGCAGCGGCGCCGUUGGAGGCGGUGCCGGAGGCGGCGGCGGCGCCAGAGGUGGCAGAAGUCGCCUACACCACCACUCCACCUGCGCAGGAGGAGGAACCGGAGGUGGUGCUGGGGAGGCGUCUUCUUCCAAGUCCAGCGGAGGUCCCACUCCCCCGCCUUUUUGCCAAAAGCCUGCAGGCGCAGGCCCUCGAGCGGGAGCUCCUGGCGGAGACGAGGGUGCAGGCGGCGGCAGAGAGGGAGCAGACUGCCCUGGAGCUGGCCAACGAGGCCAAGAAGGUGGUGGCGAUGACCGUGGUGCAGGAGGCCACUCUUGCAGAACUGGCGGCAGCAGCGGCAAAGAGGGAAGAAAGGCUCGCCGCUCGCGAAGUAGAGGAGGUGUCCCGGCUCGAGGAACUCCAGGAGCGGGAGGCGGCCGUGGAGAAGGAAUUGGCGGCCAGGACCCGGAGGCUCCGGGAGCACGAAGCGGCCCUCCAGGAGAGGGUGGCGAAGGCUCCUUCAUCACUUAGCGUCGCCCUCCAGGUGCUGGACUCCACCGCCGAGCGGCUACAAGGCCUGGAGUCCGGCAUGCUCGACCUCCUGGAGACAGAAGGGAUAGCAGUUGCCUGGGGGACGGCUGAGUACAUCCUUACCAGCUUCCGGAGCCACAACCCCGCCAUCCAGCUAACUCCCGUCCUGGUUGGCCCUAUCCGGGCGACAGCGGCCGCCGCGAAGGAAGGUGUGCAGGAGGCGGCCGACAUGGUGGUGUCCCGCAUCCGACGCCGUCCCGACACCUCCGGACCACCAGGGCAAUAG